GGACUGUGAAAUUCAAACAUAAACCACUUCGUCACCGAUCGAGGUCACUCCACCUGGUGCACACAGAUAAGAUUUUAGCCGAGCUCUUAGCAUGCUUGGUGAUUCAUUUACUGCCUCAGCAACCACUGAUGAAGGACUUACGUGUCGCUAGUGAUAACGGCGACGGCAGAUAGAGGAGCGAGUGCAUACAGGGUGCAUUCGACCGUGGAAUAUCCAUUUGGGUUUCGUGUCAUUAUUUCUAUGGAAUUUACUUCACAUCCAUCACUUUGGAAUAUAAUAUCACCAGGAUUUUAACAUUUGUAAUGGUUUUCAUUGAUGUACAGUGUGGCCUGCUGAUGGAAGUCCGGCUUUAGAUUAGCGACAUCAUCAGCUGAGGAGAUUUGCUCACGAUUAGGUAUUAAGCUAACAUGACGAAGAAAUCCUGAAGGAGCUCCACUCACUCAAGACAAAAACAAUGUCUUCCGUUUAUGAGAUUCUGUUAAGGAACGUAUGGAUCGGGUUACUGUUGUACAUAUGGAAUACAAAUACUGGGAAGGGACAACCAGCCAGGAUACGAAUAGGUGGUUUAUUUGACUAUGAUAAUCUUGGCCAGGAGCUGGCGUUUAAAUAUGCAACAGACAGUAUAAAUGUUCGGCGUGAUAUCUUGCCCAAGACUAUGCUGGUGGCCGAACUUGCUCAGGUACCAACACAGGACAGCUUCCAUGCUGCAAGAAAAGUUUGUAAUAUGUUAAGAAACGGGGUAGCCACCAUCUUUGGACCACAGUCUAGUUUGUCAGCUGCGCAUGUGCAAUCAAUCUGUGACUCUAUGGAGAUUCCACACAUAGAAGCCAAGUGGGGAUUCCACAGUUAUAAGGAUUAUUAUUCUAUUAAUUUAUUUCCACAUUAUUCAGCAUUAAGUCGUGCCUAUAAGGAUUUAGUUAAGGCAUUUGAUUGGCCGAGUUUUACUAUUUUAUAUGAAAAUAAUGAUGGUUUAAUACGGCUACAGGGCUUACUAAAUAAUCGUUCAAAUAAGCGUUUAGCAAUAACGGUUCGUAAGCUAGACCCUGAUAGCGGUGACUUUAGACCGGUGCUAAAGGAGAUUAGAGAUAGACUAGAGACGAGGAUUAUCGUGGACUGCAGUACUAAGUUAGUUAAACAAAUACUUAGAGAGGCUGAUUCGCAGGGCAUGAUGAAGCAUUACUACCAUUACUUAUUCACAACAUUAGAUCUUGGUCUGAUCGACAUGUCAGAUUUUCAUCACGAAGGGGCCAAUAUUACAGCUUUCCGAUUGGUCAAUCCAGAUAACCCACUAGUUGUUGACGUCAUCAGUGACUGGAUCAUUGAGGAACACAAUUCGGGUACUUCACCGCUAGAGGGCAAAAGGGGGAUAGAGGAAGUAAAAACCAUGAUCAUGCCACUCAAUUUCACGACGGACACUGCCCUGAUCUACGAUGCCGUCCAUCUUUUUGCCAAGGCUCUUAACAACCUGACUCAUGCCGUAACUGUCGAACCAAGGUCACUAUCAUGUAGCUUAAAGGACAGUUGGGAACAGGGCAGUUCCUUAUUCAAUUAUAUGAAAAUGACUGAAUUCGAUGGCUUAACCGGUCAUGUCAAGUUUGACGGCAAGGGGCUGCGGACAACAUUCUCUCUCCAGCUUGUGGAGAUACAGAACGACGGGAGCACAAAACAACUUGGUGAUUGGACUGCAUUCGACGGGUACAAUGGUACAGUUUUUCCAGAACAGGACGAGCAGGAGGCCAGAAGAGAAAUUGCUCAGGCACUUAAUACAAAUCAUACCUUUCGUGUUGUAACCCACUUGGAUUCCCCAUUCGUUUUCUUCAACACGCAUGAUGAUUUUGGCCGCGAACUUCACGGGAACGACAGAUUCAGUGGUUACUGCAUAGAUCUGCUAAAAGAAAUUGCCAAAAUCGUGCCCAACUUUAAAUACGAGAUUCAUAUUGUUUACGAUGGGAACUACGGGUCUCCCGUUGAUUCUAAUAAUCCCGGAACGACCAAGUGGAACGGUAUGGUCGGGGAACUGAUAGAGAAGAAAGCAGACCUCGCAGUUGCUUCCUUAACCAUCAGUUACAUCCGCGAAAAGGUCAUCGACUUCACGAAACCCUUCAUGAAUCUUGGCAUCAGCAUCUUAUUCAAAAGACCAGAGAAGAAAAAUCCGGAACUUUUCAGUUUCUUAUCACCGCUUUCCCUCGAUGUCUGGCUGUACAUGCUAAUCGCCUACCUCGUGGUGAGCUUCUUGCUGUUUGUCUUGGCCCGGUUUAGUCCCUAUGAAUGGUACAAUCCACAUCCGUGCAACCCCGACUCGGACAUCGUGGAGAAUCAGUUUACCAUCAUGAACAGUUUGUGGUUCACCAUAGGCUCUCUUAUGCAACAGGGUAUCACUUUGCAUCCACGCGGGAUCUUUUGUUUAUCGCAUUCUCUCUCUUUGAUGACUCAAGGGCCCAUAGGAUCCGAGGUAGCGCCGCGGGCCUACUCGACCAGGAUCUGCAGCGGGAUAUGGUGGUUCUUCACCCUAAUCAUGAUCUCUUCCUACACCGCCAACUUAGCCGCCUUCCUAACUGUGGAGAGAAUGAUUUCUCCAAUCCAGAGUGCCGAAGAUCUGUCCAAACAAACUGAUAUCAAAUAUGGAACUAUUAUUAAUGGCUCUACGUAUACUUUCUUUAAGACUUCAAAGAUCGCCACCUACGAGAGGAUGUGGAACUUCAUGAGCAGCCAGCCAGAGAGUGUUUUCGUGAACUCCACCACCCAGGGCAUAGAAAAAGUGCACCAAGGAGGCUAUGCCUAUCUGCUUGAGUCAACAAUGAACGAAUACUUUACCCAGAGGCAGUGUGACUUGAUGAUGGUGGGAGGCUUGUUGGACUCCAAGGGCUAUGGUAUAGGGACACCGAGAGGUUCUCCCUACCGAGAUAUCUUAUCUGACGCCAUAUUACGGCUACAAGAAGAACAAAAACUCCAACUCCUGUACAAUGAAUGGUGGAAGGAGAAAAGCGGGGGCGGAAAAUGUGAUAACACCGACCCCAACAACAAAGACGCCAACGAACUUGGCGUGGAGAAUGUUGGUGGUGUAUUUGUUGUGUUGCUAGGGGGCCUCGCUCUCUCCACCAUUGUUGCUAUCGGCGAGUUCAUCUGGAAGGCGAGGAAGAACGCUGAUGAAGACAAGGUAAGGAGGCAUGAAUCGCUGUGUUCGGAGAUGGGAACCGAAUUACGGUUCGCACUGCAGUGCAUGGGGUCCUCGAAGAAGCCAGCCCGAAAACGGCGGUCACCGCAAGCAGAUAUGAUGGAUAACGGACUUAAUCUACAUGUGCCCCUGACUGGCAUGCUGUCAGGCCCUGGGCCUGGGGUAUCAGGAGCGUACCAUGGAGCACAUGGAUCACAUCAUACCGCCGUCCCAGGAAAGGAGUUGUAUGCUUGAAACACGUUCCAAAAAUCAUUCAGUACUAGAAAUAAUAAAAUCGAGAUGGAAAGUGAAUUUCUUUUUCACAACAAGGAAAUGAAUUUAUGGCUACGGCCAUGACAGGGUAGGAUGGAUAUAUGGGACGCAGGAAUCAUUCUCGACAUGCGCCUUAAUUAGGAUUCCAUCUGAUGUUACCUGAUGCUGUUGCAAUUACUGUGUACUGGCUGGCGAGAGGGGGCGGCAAAAGUUGUAAGGGGUCGAGGGGACAUGUUUGAGAAGGCAAAGGAAAGUAAGAGAGGGUCCUUUUUCCAAAAUUAAGGGACCAAAAGGAAUUCCCUUGAGACAUUCAUUCAUAUAAGAAUCAGAAGAUGUCGAUUUUCAGACUUGCCUUCUGCUAUCGCUCAAAUUGACAAAUAACAUAUACUAACAAUGUAUGUAAAUAACAUGCCUGGGAUCAUUUGAUUUUCAAAAGGAACAGCUGUUAAGCGCUUUAAUUUGUAAAUGACUAGCUGUAGCUUGAUGAGCAGACAUGUACCGAGGUGACAAGACGCUACUACUUCUUCUGUGUCCAGUCUGCAUAAACUAUUAUUAGGCCUACAUGUAUCAGUCCUGUGGCGGAGAUGAAGCCGCUGGUCGUUUGGAGGGUCUGCAUGCUGUGUUAUCCCACAAGGCUAUACAACAUGGCUCAUCCAGUGUAGACCACAAACUAAAUUACGAUAAUCAUUGUAAAAAUCUCAUUGGAGGUAAUCGACUUACUACCAAUCAUUUUUAUAUAUCUGUAUAUUGUAAGUUUUCAUCCCAAUUGCAUCUAUACUGGUAUACGUCACUCUACUUACAUCCACUCAUAUACUGUAAAUAUAGAUAAACGCGCACAAAGUUAGUUUUGUGAAACGUCUGUGGCGUUAUGGACUUGUAUCAGAUGGUGUCGGUUCUGUGUUGUCUAUUUUUCCAUAGAAUCUCUUGUCCGACACAGGCUUGCAUAAUAUAAAACACUGCCAUCUUUAAUUUUUUGGUAAAAAGUGCUGAUAUAGUACAUAGUACACAAUUCUUAAUUAUUACUUUAACAUAUAAAUGAUCAAUUUAUUUGACAAUGUGCACUAUUGGGUGUAGGGAAAUUCAAUAAGGACGGGGACGUGCUUGGGGUGAUUGUGUUUUGGUGUCGUCCUGUUGUACUCUUUUCUGUUUCCUUUCGUGGCGUUUGAUUAUUGACUGUCGAGGUAUCUCAUACCCCACCGGCAUCUUCAUAUUUGGACUAAGCGUACCAAGGGCAUAGGAAGUCAAAGCCUCGACCGGAGGAUGAAAUGGUAUUGUCGGGACUUCGAACACCAAUAGCGGCGGGCCGCAGUCUUGCAUGGUUCUCAUGAGCCAUUAACAUGUGCCAUAUUAUACCUACUAUCAUAAAAGAAACGUUUCUGCGGCAUAUUCUUCCUAAGAACGCUACCUGUAGACUUAAAAUCUUAAUAGUGUUGCAUUCAUGAAGUGCGCCUUAUUCUAUGUAGGCUAUCAACAGUUUCGUCAAUUAUUAUCCUUUCGUGAGCCAUCUACCUUUUUGUUGUUGUGAUUGAAAAACUUUAAAUAUCGAACUCAAACUAUGAAACACCUAUACUUGGCGGAUUUUAUGAAUGCCUCUUAAAGUAAAGUCCGCGGGUAAAAUAUAAAUUUAUUCGUUCCAAAAUGCUGCCUGUAAGAUAUUAGAUGUGCUAUGAUUUUCAAGAAGACAUUUUAUAUAUUAUGUGAAUGCCGCAUCGUUCGACUGCCGGUAUUAAAUUGUAAAUA